GAUUCCGGAUAACUUGACGUGGCGUUGCUGUCCGCCCUGGGCAGAGAAAACCACGGCUGUUGCUCGGCUUGUUAGGUGCGGGACACGGCUGUUUGUAGGUUUUUUAAGGACUAAACUGUCAGCUUCAGUGUAAAUACUAACAUUUCUUCGCGUAGUAACUCCCAGGACAAUGAAUGGUAAGUCAGCGAACGGUUCGGUGGGAGGAAUGGCCUGUAUCGAGGGUCUGCCCCCGCUGCCCAAGAGCCUGAGCGGCUUGCUGAACUCAAGCGGCGGCUCCUGGAGAGACAUGGAGAGGAUGUACGUAAAGAAAACCAUGAUCCAGGACGACCUGAGCCGAGGCAGGAACAACUCCGACAACCUCCUGGCGAACAAGCCGGCCAACCUCGACGCUGCUCUGGCUCUUCUACGGAAAGAGAUGGUGGGUUUGCGUCAGCAGGACAUGUCCCUGCUGUGCCAGCUGUGGUCGCUUCACGAGUCAAUCCAGGAGUACAAGGGCAGCUGCCAGGACCUGAGCGCCGCCUCCAGCCUCAGCAUGAUGGAGAACGGCUACUUCGAUGAGGAUGACGAGUAUUACCCAGAGCCUGGCGCCACUCCCACCGGGGAACAGCCGGAUGGAGAGGUUGGAGACGAAACGGCAGCAAUGGCAGCGGCCAAGAAUGGGAGCAGCGGCAGCAAAGACGACAGCUGGGACUCCUUUCAUGUUACCAUCUGAGGCCUCAUUUUCAGCAUUUUUCUGUAGAUGGAUACAUAUUUCGGGAGUAAAAGACUAAGUUGAACUGGAGGAAAAGUUGAGCGGCUCUGGAAACCUUUUGGCCUCCGAGAAGGAACUGGUUGAUAGCGGCUUAUGGUAUCUCUUUACCAUAAUAGACUAUAAAUAUAAAGCUCCAGCUUAACCUCAGCUCCUCCUCAGGUGAAACACACCCCUGCUUGUGCUGCAGAAGGUUUUUUUGCAGCGUGACCAGGAGCUUUAUCAGCUGUGAGGCCGGAUGUUUUGACACGUGGUUUGUUAUCACCCUCUCAAACUCAGGAGUUGAGAUGGAUUGUAUUCUGAGACUCCGUAUACUCAAAAUUAGGCAAUAUAUAUUAUUUCUUUUUAUAAACAGCUCUGCUGCUGCUUCUAUAUCGAGUAGUUUUGCUCGCCAGUCAAAUGUUUUUGGCAGAACCUUUUUACAUAUACAAAAUAUAUGAACAAAGUUGUAUUAUUUAUUAUAUAAUAUAAAUAACAAGAUACUUGCUUUCCUGUUACUCUCUUUGGAAGUUUUGUACUGAAACUCUACCCAGGUACAAGGGUACAGCAUUUACAGGUUGGGAAUUGGGACUUAAAAGGUGAACACGUACAAUGGGACUUCUGAACUCUGCAAUCGGUGUUGGUGCAAAGAGAUGAUUGACUGUGUGGACAUGCUGAUGGAGACAGUGUGUGUGUUCCUUUUAAGUGGUGAAAUCAUUUAUUUACUUAAAUCCAGAAGGUCUGGACAGAAGUUGUCUGACCUCAAGAAAGGAGAAAGAGGUGAAGUCCUCAAACCUGUUCACGGUGUAAAAAUGCUUGAAAACUUGAAUGAGUUUUGGUACAGGAGCGAGGGCUACACUUUUUUUGCCUUUUUAGAUGGAUCUUAUAUUUGCUCUGAAAAUGUGAAAUGUUCAAAAUGCUGGAAACAGGUUUAACUGUUGGCAUAGGUGCAAAACCUGGAAGCCCAGUGUACUAAGCUGCAGAUAGUGUGCUUCCAUGAGACUUCAAAGCUGUUAGUGCUUGGAUGCAUUACGGGCAACUUUGAUGUGUCACUGUUUUCUGACUGGGUGGUGUAAAAGGCCCAGAUGGUUUCGAUCGGGCAAAUUAUGCAUUGUAUUCUGCUGUGCUAAUCCCUUUUAUGAUACAUCAACUGGGUCUUGUUUUCAUAGUUAUGGCCAUCAUUCCUGUCGAUAAUAAUUUUAUACUCAUCAAGUUAAUUGAUCUGGGGACGUGGCAACAUCGCUAAAAAGAAGUCAGACAGGGAUGAUAACAUGAGAUGCCAUGUUCCCAUGUGCAAUAUUAUCAUAACUGAUGGAAUGAAUAUGAAAAAACUAUGAAAAUAAGGCUCAAGUUAUAAUUAACAACAAUUAUCCUUCAACAUAGCCAGGUAGCAAAUACUUAACGGGAUAUACUGACUUAUUCAGCCAUUUUCCUCAUAACCAGCUUUGAGACUUUUAUUCUCAAUAUACUCUUAUAAAAUAAAUGUUGCCAAAAAUUGAGAAACUGUGAUUGGCUGUGAUCAACUUCUCACAUAAUUUGCACUCGCUGGUUGGAAUGUUUGUUCAUUUAUCACAGUGACAUCUGAUUGGCUUGUGACGGUCAGAGAGUUUUUGCAAAGUUCACUUUUGGUCUAACAAAUUAGUUUCUGUGGUCACCGUGGCCUUCAAAUGUUGCUCGCAGUGUAAACCCAAAGCUGUAGGUCUAAACCUGGUAGCAAGUAUCAAUUGAACACAGGGUACUUUAUAAUACUUUGUAUCCUACAUAAAAAUCUUACUUGAUCAUAUCAUAACAACACGUGCAACUGGCUGAACAUUAUUGAAGACAUGUCAGAGGGAUGUAAUGGACAAUAUUAAAGUGUUUCAACAUACCUGCAAACCUUCUAGGGGCUGUUUAACUAUCUGAGCCUCAUCCUAAAACUGAUUAUUACUUAUUUUAGACUCUGUGUAUGUUUUUAUUUUUAAUUUUUUUGCUGUUGUCCUGUGGCUGGCGAAGAUGUUUGGAUGUGCAAAUAUUAUUACUUCUGCGACACGUGAAUGGUUUGUGCAGUCUUCUUUAAUAUCUAAACUCCACAGCAAACGUCUCAGCUGAACCUGUAGCAUGCAACAGCACAGCUCAAUACACAGCAGCUGUUCUAGCACUCAAAAUACAAAAUGACUUUACUCUGUCAACACCCACCUUCCACUUUGAGACGGUGUGGAAAGUUUCAGUAGCGUGUCAAUAUUAUGUCUGUAGAGAUCUUAUGACGUCAUCUGUUUGUAGACUGGUCCACUAUUUGCGUGCUUGUGGAACACAAACCAAAGAAAGUACAGCAAUCAAAAUGAAAGUAUUUGGUUUAAGGUGCUGAAGAAGACAUUGUCCUAAUUAGCUGCUCUCAAAUGGUUACAUUUUACUUAAAAGGUACAGUAAUGAGAUCUGAUGUCUUGAAGAAUGUCUUUACAAGUCGUUUUGCAGCUGAUGAAUGGAGUUGUCAGUUACCAUAAACAUAGUAUCAGUAACUGUGUACAAACCCCAAAUUUCAUAGUGACCCACAGUAGUUAUCACACAGACAUUACAGCAGUGUAACAUUAAAGGAGUAGUUAGACAUUUUAGAGAAUGUGCUUAUUCGCUUUCUUGCAGAGAGUUAGAUGAGAAGAUCAAUACCACUCUCAUAUUUAUUUAAAUAUGAAGCUAAUGCCAGCAGCCACUUAUCUUAGCUUAGCAUGAAGACUGAAAACAGGGGAAAACAGCUAGCUUGGCUCUUUCCAAAGGUAACAAAAUCCACCUAUUGGCACCUCUAAAGCUCACUAAUUGGCAUGUUAAAUUUCAUUUGUUUAAUCUGUACAAAAAAGUUUAAAAACGACAUGUGGUUUUACUCGGUGUUAUGUGUGGGACUAGAAGAAAGCAACAAGACAAGAAAGCAAAUAAGCAUAUUUCCCAAAAAACUAUUCCUUUAACAGCUUAAUAAUUUCUAUCAAAAAUGUAUAUUUCAAGUAUUCUUCCUUUUUCUAGUUAAAAUUAACUGCAUGAGGUUUUCUUACUCUCACAAGCACCUCUCUGGAAAUCAUAACACACCACUACCUACUCACUUUUAAAUCUGAAAACUUGUCCCGUUAAUAUCCAUAAUGCAAGUUUCUAAAUAGAACCAGAAGCCUAAAAAGUUUUCAAUAGAAUACGACUCCAUCAUCUAAUAAGUUGGAUUGAAUGUUUGCUCUCUGUUAUUUGCUACAAACCUUUUGUCUGUACAGUAAACCUGCAUCUGAAUGCUACUAAUCAGUUAAAAACACCUAUUUUAUCACUGCAACCUAUCGCUAAUCCGAAGCUAAUCAAAGCACAUACGAUCAAACAAUAUAAUUGAUUCAGUUUAAAACGUUUGAGUAAAAACCUGACCCCAGACGUUUUAUUGGAUGUCUACACAAUUAGUGCCUUUUGUAAACCUGCAGGUUUCAGACCUGUGGCUUGCUGUUCAAGAUGGGGAUGAGAAUAUACCAUAAACUGUUAAUCAUUUGACUCGCUUGACAUGCACUUGCUUCUUAAAGCUGCUACGUGUAGAAUUUGAAACUUGAUGCCUUUUACAACCUCCUAAAUCCCUUAAUGGUAGAGUAUUAUCAGUGUCUGGGUAAACAAAUGUUACCAGUCAUUGUGCUCCAACUAGAAAUCCAGAAAAUCCCAGAAGAGCUGCUUAAAAGGUGUGCUUAGAGAUUUGGAGGUUUGCUCUGGCCUUUUCCAGGCUCUGCCAUUUAUUGUUUUCUUUUUUUACUCCUGUCAAAGGCUCCUUUUUCAUUUUAUUGACGAGGAUGCAGCUGUUGGGAGUGGUGUAUUUCAGAUGCUUCCUCUAUGAAAUGUGAGUUGCUUCACACACUUGAAGCAGUUCUCAUCCUGUCUUGGUUGAUGCUUUCCAGAAAUUGUACACAUCAAACGUGGGCUGCAACAUAUACAUAGAAUAACUCAGUCAUGGCAUCGGUUUCCUACAUUUAUUCUGUCAAAAUCAAAAUUUUAAGUCUUCUACAUGUAGCAGCUUUAACUUCUAAAACUUGUAGCAGCCUUAAAAUCAGUCAUGUCAUUUGCAAAAUAUGGUGCACUCCUCAUUUGUUCAAACAUUUCAAGUGUUCAACUAUAAUUUUGCACUUGUUUGUGGUUGUUCUGUGCGAAAUCCUGCAAAACUACAACUACCUGAUCCUCUUUGAGUUGGUCUUUAUUACACAGGAACACAGUGCUCCUUGUACACUAACUCUACUGUAACUAAAUCCAGCACAAGAGAGUUAGAAAGGAGUUUUAAAUUGAACACCAGCAAAUUGUACCCAAUAUCGUACCAUUAGCAGUUAUAGAGCAGAAUAGAGUGUGAUUUCCUGCUUUUACACCCCCUUUCAUGUGAUUAUUGGAUGUGUAAUGUGAUGCCAUCUCAGGGUAAACGUGUGGCUCCUGAUAAGAAAUUUUCAACAUGUCUUCACCCUGGAGGGACAAAAAAUUCUUAAAACAUUUGAACACGAUUGUAAUGUGACACGCUUUGUUAUUUGGUGGUGUUUUUUCCGUUCAUGUGAAGCCUCGUAACUACAACGGAUUUAUUUCUAUUUACAUACAAAUAAAUCAGCAAGGGCUUCUUUCUAAAGCCGCCAUUUUGCACCAACUUUGAACAAUCACAUGAAGAAAUCAAUUGUUAGAAGAGGCGGAAAGACCAAUUUUUCUACUUGAAGUGGCCUCAAUAGACCAGAAUGCAAUGCAACCACAAAGAUUGCAUGUUUUGACUAAAGUGAGGGGUAUUACUGUAAUGACAGUCACGCCUCAGUGUUCACUUCACACCCCUUUACUUUAGUGGUUGUUAAGAGGCACUCUGGGAAUUAUAGGAAGGAUGUUGAAGUGGGUACAUGAAAUAACUUAAUCAGAGAUUGAUGAUAUUUAAUGAGAGAGUGUCAGAGAGGAGAUGUAUUAAUGAAACAUGUUGCUUUAUAUCGAGAUGAGCUGUCAAAAGCCCAUGUUUCGGUCACCUAAAAAUGUUGUGCUUCUAACUUUUGCUUGGCCCCCUGAAAAAAGCCCCAAAAUGCAUAAAAACACAGGUUUUUCACAAGAACAAGUAAUUAUUCUCUUGUAGCUGACCUGUGUUGAGAUCUAUGUUUCAUCAGUUGAAUUUUAGCAUGUGAAUCAGGCAAGAAAAACACUUAGAGGCAUUUUUACAGCCCAUUGUUAGCGUCGGCAUACUGAGCAUUCAGAUUAUUAUCCACCUUUUCUAAUUACUGGCUGCGGCUGUUAAAUUGGUUUGAAUCUGUCAUUGGAAAGUGAAAUGUCUUCAUAUUUAUACUGUAUAUCAUUCAUCAUAAUCAUUCAUUAAACCACUAUAGUGGAAAAAAAGGUUUUAAUGUAUUUUGUGUUGUGUAAGCAAAAGUUGUUUAGAGAACGUGAUGCCUGUGUUGUUACCAUCCAUCAUUACUCCUGUUCUUUAAUCCAUGAAUGACCAUACUACUGUUUCUUUGGACAAUUAGUCUCAAUCUUAUCAUAGUUAUUAUACUGAUAUGAAUUUAAUAAAUUUGUUCCAUACUUCUCA